GCGCCAGCUGUCACUCCUGCAGCUCCCGCAGGCAGCAAAGAGAAGCGACCAAAAGCCGCAAUAGCAGUGACUCGCAACUCAUCCACACGCUUUCCUAACCUAGAAGGGAGCGUUUAACGGUGAUUAACUUUGUAUUGUUGCAGUUUUUUUAUUGAAUUAACUAAUCGGAGCGAAUAAUGCCUGAAGCCACGAAAGCCGAGGCUCCCAAGCCCGCCGCCGAGAAGAAGAAUGAGAAGGAGGAGGACAAGUCUGACAUGUCGGAGGAGGACAAACUUUUACAGGAGGAGCUGAACCAGUAUGUGGAGCAGUUACAAGACUCCAACACAAAGUUGUACCUCAAUGCUCUGGAUUCGCUGCGUACACAAAUCCGUACCUCCACGACGUCGAUGACCAGCGUACCAAAGCCCCUUAAGUUUAUGCGUCCCCAUUAUGAUACUAUGAAACAGAUUUAUGAGAAGCUCACGGAUCAAAAGUGCAGGGAGCUGUGCUCCGAUGUCAUUUCUGUACUUGCAAUGACAAUGGGCGAGAACAGAGAAUGCCUGAAGUACAGGAUUUUAGGUUCUGCGCUCAACAUUGGAGAAUGGGGUCACGAAUAUGUGAGGCACUUGUCUGGAGAACUGGCUGGUGAAUGGGAAGAGCUUGCCAUUGAGGGCUCUGAAGAGAUGCAGAAGAAACUGAUUGGCUUGGUGCAUGAAAUUGUACCGUACAACAUGGCACACAAUGCCGAGACAGAGGCUUGCGACUUACUCAUGGAGAUUGACCGACUGGCUUUUUUGGAACAGUAUGUCGAUGAGAGCGCUUAUCAGCGAGUCUGUUUAUACCUCACGAAUUGCGUCCCUUAUGUGGCUGAUCCAGAAAACAGCACUCUUUUACAUGCAGCAUUGAAAUUGUAUAAGAAAUUCAAUCAGUAUCCACAAGCUAUGAGGCUCGCGAUGCAGCUUAACAAUCUACCUCUAAUUGAGGAUAUUUUCACAAACUGCCCAGAUUUGUCAGUCCAAAAACAGUUGGCAUUUAUGCUUGGACGGCAGCAGAUAUUCCUCGAACUGCCGAUCUCCAUAGAAUGGUACGACGAUCUCGUAGAGAUCAUGACCAACUCUCACUUGAAUAACCACUUCCUCAAUCUCGCUCGUGAGCUCGACAUCAUGGAAGCCAAGACUCCCGAGGACGUCUACAAAUCCCAUCUUGAGAACUCGCGACCACCGUUCGGCGGUGGCCAGGUUGACUCGGCGCGACAGAACCUUGCGGCUAGCUUCGUCAACGGUUUCGUCAACGCUGGAUUUGGUCACGACAAGCUGCUCAUCGAGGACGGUAACAAAUGGCUUUAUAAGAACAAGGAGCACGGUAUGCUCAGCGCCACUGCCUCGCUCGGACUUAUUCUUCUCUGGGACGUCGACGGCGGUCUCACCCCCAUCGACAAGUAUCUGUACUCGUCCGAGGACUACAUCAAGUCCGGAGCGCUAUUAGCCUGUGGUAUCGUCAACUGCGGCGUGAGGAACGAGUGCGAGCCUGCAUUAGCUUUGCUUUCGGACUAUGUGCUGCACAGCAGCAAUACCAUGCGUAUUGGGGCUAUCGUGGGACUUGGUUUGUCGUACGCCGGCUCUAAUAGAGAGGCAGUUCUGAGUUUGUUGAUUCCCGUACUCAGCGACCCUAAAUCUAACUGGGAAGUCAUCGGUGUGACCGGUCUCGCGCUGGGUAUGGUGGCCGUGGGCUCUUGCAAUGCUACCGUUACGACGGCUAUUAUGCAUACGUUGAUGGAAAAGACUGAAGCUGAGCUGAAGGACACGUACGCUCGUUUCUUACCUCUUGGUCUGGGUCUGUGUUUCCUGGGCAAGCAAGAAGCCGCCGAAGCUAUAAUCGCUGCGCUUGAGGUCAUCCCCGAGCCGUUCAAAUCCAUGUCGACGACCCUCGUGGAGGUCUGUGCGUACGCGGGAACCGGAAACGUACUGAAGAUCCAGCACUUGCUGCACAUUUGCUCAGAGCACUACGAGCCUACGAACGAGAAGGAAGAGAAGUCUAGCAGCAAGGACAAAGACAAGAAGGAAGAAAAGAAAGAGGAGAAGGAAAAGGACCUGAGCUCGAGGCAGGCUAUCGCAGUGCUUGGUAUUGCCCUCAUUGCCAUGGGCGAGGAAAUUGGCGCCGAAAUGGCUUACAGAACGUUCGGUCACCUGCUGCGUUACUGCGAACCGGUCAUCAGACGCUCGGUGCCUUUGGCUUUGGGUCUGAUUUCGGUGUCGAAUCCUAAGCUGAAUAUCCUGGACACUCUGUCCAAGUUCUCGCACGACAGCGAUCUCGAGGUGGCGCACAACGCGAUAUUCGCUAUGGGUCUGGUCGGAGCUGGUACCAACAACUCGAAGCUAGCUGCUAUGCUCAGGCAACUAGCGCAGUACCACGCGAAGGAUCCUAACAAUUUGUUCAUGGUCAGAAUAGCCCAAGGUCUGAUUCAUUUGGGCAAGGGUACGAUGACACUGUCGCCAUAUCACAGCGACAGGCAGUUGCUCAGCCCCGUCGCGCUUGCCGGUCUUCUUGCUGCGUUGAUUGGUUUCCUGGAUGUCAAGAACAUCAUCCUCGGCAGAUCUCACUACUUGCUCUACACACUGGCCGCAGCAAUGCAACCACGUAUGCUGGUGACGUUCGACGAGGAGCUCGCGCCCCUGGCAGUACCAGUGCGCGUUGGUAUGGCCGUCGACGUCGUUGGUCAGGCCGGUAACCCUAAAACUAUCACUGGCUUCCAGACGCACACAACCCCCGUUUUACUAGCCCACGGAGAACGAGCUGAGCUCGCUACCGAGGAGUACGUGCCCCUCACGCCCAUCAUGGAGGGCUUUGUGAUUUUGCGAAAGAAUAAAGAUUUGAUAUGAGCCGGCUGAUUUAAUAUAAUGUAUAUGUAACGAUUGUACAAUUAAGGAUUUAUAAUUAAAAAGUUUAAAUAAUUAAUAUA